GGUGUACAUUUAUACCAUGACAAUAAGAAAUACUUUGGACUGUCAGAAUUCAUUGAGUCCACCCUCUCUGGACAUAGUAUUCCACUGCUUCGGUACGACAGCUCUUUUGAAGCAAUGGUCAUGGCUUUGGGAAAGAGGUUCCCCAGAUUACACAGUGCAGUGAUUAGGACUUUUGUCCUCAUACAACACUACUCUGCAGCUAUGAUGGCAGUGUGUGGUCUUUCUCAGAUGAAGAAUUACACCUCAGUUGAAACUCUGGAAAUCACCCAAAACCUAAUAAACUCUUCACGACAGUGUCCUAGUGGUCAUGGCCUCAUGGUAGUGUUGAGAAUUCCGUGUACUCCGCUGGCUGCAGUGGCAUAUGAACGUCUGUAUAAUGUAAGGGAGAGACUAGCCCUUGAAGAUAACUUUGAAAUAAUCUUGGGAAAUCCUAAUUCUGGAAUCACAAUAGGGAAGCACUUUGUGGAGCAACUAAAGGUCUGGCAGAAAAUUGAGGAUGUAGAUUGGAGGCCACAGACCUAUUUGGAAUUGGAAGGUUUGCCUUGUAUAUUGAUAUUUAGUGGUAUGGAUCCACAAGGGGAGUCUUUGCCACGAUCUCUGAGAUACUGUGACCUACGUUUAAUAAAUUCAUCUUCUUUGGUAAGGACAACCUUGGAGCAAGAACUUGGUUUGGCAGCAUACUUUGUGAGCUCAGAAAUUCACACAGAGAAAACAGUUGUGAAUGAUGUGUUAGAAAGUGAUCCAGAGAAACUAAGCAGCACUGAUAAUGAAGAUGAAGAAAUAGCAACAGAAGGUUCUACUUCAGAAAAGAGAAGUCCUAUGAAAAGAGAAAGAUCUCGUUCCCAUGACUCUGCAUCUUCAUCUCUCUCUUCAAAAGCUUCUGUUACAGCAUUCUGCAGUGAGUCAUCUCCUCCUUUAAUAGCAGCAGGGGAUACAGCAAAAUCCCCCCACCAAGUCCUCAGCAACAGCGCUGAAGAAACUACAAGUAACUAUGAAAGGCAGAAGCAGAAAGUAGAUAAGGGGGCACAAACAACAGUCAGCAAACACUUGCCACCGGUAACUGAACAGCUGGAUAUGAAACAAAACAUUAAAAGUGCCCAGAUUACCAUCACCUCAUCAUCUUCCUCACCUUUCUCCUCCCCUUCUUCCUCCUCUGCACCUACUCAUAACUCCUUCAUCCUGCAGACCUCUCAAUGCUUCAUGACCAAAGCAUCAAAACAGCCUCCUAUAGUUUUCCUGCCUAAGCUGGUUUAUGACAUUAUUACUUCUACUGACAGCAGUGGACUUCCCAAAUCAUCUUCCCUCUUGCCUUAUCAUUCUGUUAUGUGGGCAAGUUCUUUUCGUCCUCUUAUGAGUAAGAUGAUGACUUGCACAGAGCAGUCCCUAUACUACCGCCAGUGGACGGUUCCCAAGCCAAUCCAUAUGGACUACAACAAUAGAAACGAGGGCAGGAUGGACACCUUUCACCCAAGGAGGUUGCUGCUGAGUGGGCCACCACAGAUAGGGAAAACAGGUGCCUAUCUGCAGUUCCUCAGUAUUUUGUCUCGAAUGCUGAUUAGACUGACAGAAGUGGAUGUUUAUGAUGAGGAGGAAAUCAACAAUAACAUAAAAGAAGAAUCUGAUCAAUACUACCAUCAGCCUGGAGAUACGUGGCCAGAUUUGGAGACAUUUAAGAAGAUGUCUUUUGACUACACUAUCCAUGACCCGAAAUACGAAGAUGCAAGUCUGGUUUGUUCAAAGCUUCAGACUACAAACAAUGAAGACAGAUCAAUGAGCAGGAGACAGGAGGAUAUGUACACACGCCGUCAAACAACUAGGAUGCGAUUGUCCAAGUAUGCAGCUUAUAACACCUACCAUCACUGUGAACAGUGUCAUCAGUAUAUGGGUUUCAAUCCCAGGUACCAGCUUUAUGAGUCCACUCUGCAUGCAUUUGCCUUUUCCUAUUCUAUGCUGGGAGAAGAGAUCCAGCUGCAUUUUAUCAUUCCAAAGUCAAAGGAGCAUCAUUUUGUCUUUAGCCAACCAGGAAGACAGCUGGAAAGCAUGAGGCUACCACUAGUCACAGAUAAGAGUGAAGAUUACAUCAAAAGCCCCACUUUUACUCCCACCACUGGUCGUCAUGAACAUGGACUUUUCAAUUUAUAUCAUGCAAUGGAUGGAGCCAGUCAUUUGCAUGUUUUAGUUGUCAAGGAAUAUGAAAUGGCCAUAUACAAGAAGUAUUGGCCUAACCACAUCAUGCUUGUUCUUCCAAGCAUUUUCAACAGUGCAGGAGUAGGUGCUGCACACUUCCUGAUAAAAGAGUUGUCUUAUCAUAACUUGGAGCUUGAACGAAAUCGCCAGGAGGAGCUGGGGAUAAAACCCCAGGAUAUUUGGCCUUUCAUUGUCAUUUCAGAUGACUCCUGUGUUAUGUGGAAUGCAGUAGAAGUUGAUUGUUCAGGAGACAGGAAAAGUGACUAUACAUGGACUGAAAGGAAUGUUUCCUUGAAGCAAAUUCUGCAGCAUAUUGAAGCAACUCCCAAUGUCACUCACUAUGCUUUAAUUGGGAUGAGGAAAUGGUCCAGUAAAACAAACAGUGCUGAGAUCAAGGAACCAUUCUCCUGCUGCCAUGUGCAUGAUUUCAUUAUGCUGAAUGUCGAUCUGACACAGAAUGUACAGUACAAUCAGAACAGAUUUACGUGUGACGAUGUUGACUUCAACUUGCGCGUCCACAGCGCUGGUCUUCUCAUCUGCAGGUUCAAUCACUUCAGUGUCAUGAAAAAACAAAUUACAGUAGGAGGACAGCGAUCCUUCCACAUUAAGUCUAAGGUAUCUGACACUCCAGUUUCAAUCUCCCCUGCUCAGUACAUUUGUGCUCCUGACAGCAAGCAUACUUUCUUGGCAGCACCUGCUCAGUUACUCCUUGAAAAAUACCUCCACUAUCACAGCCAUCGCUUCUUCCCUCUCUCACUGAAGAAUUACAGCCAUCCAGUGCUCUCUGUGGACUGUUACCUUAACUUAGGACCACAGAUUGCAGUUUGCUACGUGAGUUCUCGGCCUCACUCUCUGAAUAUCAGUUCCUCUGGUUUGACAUUCAGUGGUCUCCUGCUAUACCUGUGUGACUCCUUUGUUGUAGCUAGCUUUUUGAAGAAGUUUCAUUUUCUUAAAGGUGCCACCCUAUGUGUGAUUUGUCAAGAUCGCAACUCUCUUCGCCAGACUGUUGUCCGGCUAGAGCUGGAAGAUGAAUGGCAGUUCCGACUGCGGGAUGAAUUCCAGACUGCCAAUGCAAAAGAGGACAGACCCCUCUUCCUCCUGACUGGACGACAUAUUUAAUUGAAAAGAGACACAUUUUCUGAACGAGACAAGAGACUGCCACCAUUUCAUGAAAUGACUUUUGAGAGGCUUUGCUUUCUGAAGAGAAACAGGAUUGUUUUCCAUUGUUUAUUA